AAUAAUAAAAUGAUAGGGACGCCGGUAUUUAUUUUCUGUCCGUGAUUAAUCUUUGACUUUUUAUUGAAGACAAAAUUUGCUUUUCAUGUUGAAAUAAGCCUGCAUGAAUAUCAUAGAAUUUUUCUUUAAUUAUAUUCUAUCUUAUGUUUGUUCAAUUCAUUAACCUCAGAAAUGACAGAAUUAUCCUCAGAUCUUGUUUUCAUCAAUUCGUUGUCUGAUACUUUUUUUGUAUGGAAAUCUUGCUGAGAGCCAGAAAAAAAUGACAAUUUUUGGAGAAUAUGAAUUAAUCAUAUUUGAUUAUAGUUAUGAGGAAGUUGUUGUUUUUGUAGAAGGAAUUGUGAGUUUUCAAUGACAUCUCAAUUCUUCAAUACAUAAAUCUUAUAAAAAAUUGCAUCAGAAAAUCUCUAGUCAUGGCAGAUAUACAUUGGACAUUUUUAUCUUCUGGUUACCGUUUCUUACAUUGGCUAUGGUUAAUGUAUAGUAUGACAAAGCUCACUCUCUACUCAUUGUUUUAUAAUGAUUUUGCUGAUAAGUAUUAUGUUGGCGAUACAUGCAUGGAACCCAUGUUUUGGUUUGUGGAUCAUUUUACAAAAAUAUUGGGUCCGAUUUGUGUUGCUGCUGUGAUUUUUCUGUCAUCCUCAUUGAUAAUCAUAGCUUAUGUCAUUGGUCUUCCAUUUUAUUUAAGACAAAAUUUCUUUGUGUUAAUUAUAGCUUUGACACUUGGUCAUUGGCUUCUCAUAUGUGUUGUAUAUUAUUAUUAUAUGGCUUUUACUACUGCUCCAGGAUUUCCUCCUCAGGGUGCAAUGAUUUCUGAAGCUGUCUCUAUUUGUAAAAGAUGCAUUGCACCGAAGCCUCCAAGAACACAUCACUGUAUUGUAUGUAAUCGUUGCAUUUUGAAAAUGGAUCACCACUGCCCAUGGUUAAAUAACUGUGUUGGCCACUUCAAUCAUCGGUAUUUUUUCAUGUUCUGUGCAUAUGCAUGUACAGGUAUUGUAUUUGUGAUUGUAUUUGGAAUUCCUGUAGCUUAUGACCACUUUUUUGGAAAUCCUGAUCACAGCAGAAUAGCUCCAGCUGUAGUGAACAUUAUUAAAGAAAUUUCAAAUCACUUAUUUUACAAGUAUUCUCUGUUGCAGAGGCAAAUUAUUCUGCAGCCAAGUUUAUCAACAAAUUCUACAAGUGAUAUCAAUGAAUGGCCUGAAACAAUGUAUCAUUCCUGCAUUGUAUAUGCUGCUUUUCUGUGUGUUGUUGUUCUUUUUGUCCUUGGUGGUCUGUUAGUGUGGCAUGCUCGGCUCAUUUCUAGAGGAGAAACUAGUAUUGAAAGCCAUAUUAAUAAGAAAGAAACGGCAAGACUCUUAAAGGAAGGCAAAAUUUACGAAAAUCCAUAUAAUCUUGGCUUUGAAAAAAACUGGAAGAUAUUUUUGUGCAUUGGCUACAAUGGAAGACCAUGGUGGCAUAUUUUUCUUCCAUUUGCUGAAGAACCCCUAGGUGAUGGUUUACAGUGGAGUAUAUUAAACAGUGUUGAAGCUUUGGAUGAUGAAAAACAAAUUGUCAAAGCAUGUUUUAUCAAGAUGUCAUGAUGUAUGUUUUUAACAUCUAAAGACAGAUGGUUGUUCAUUUCAUUUGUCAAUGUACCAUCAUUUCGAGUUCCCAUUUAGUGUAAAUUUGAUGAAAUUAUUUAAUAUUUUUGUAUUUAUUUUUUACAUUAUCAUCUGGCAAAUUCA